AAAGGAGGUCCGCGGUCAAACGCACACCGAAACCGAAGACCCGGUGUGUUUUAUAACACGGCAGUAGUCGGCGUAACCGACCGCGCGGGUCAUCGUAAUCAUUCGACGUUCAGACGCGGCGUCGUAGACACGUUGCAGCCGCGAACCGUUAUGGCCCGGAUGACUACGGUACAGACGUUGGCGGUGUACUAUUGUUGUACCGCGGUGGCCGUGUUGCAGCUGGCGCCCGGCACGGCGGCAGCGGUGGCCGGCGACGGACCGCAACAACGUGCGCUCGGGGCCGUCAGGAACAAAAGAUGGUCUACGACUUUCGGCGCCAACUCGAGCACGAAGAACACGACCGGUGACUAUAUUAUAACGAUAUACGAAUUUAAUACACAGGCGUGUACGUUGGGAACGACAACAGGGAAACGUCGUAAACCUGCCUCCUCCCCCGUGGCUGUUCCGCGCUUGCGUAUCGCACAACGUGUUCUGUACAGAGUUUAACAUAUAGGCCGAUAUCGUGGAAAAAUAAUACGGAAUUGUCCCCUUCCUUCCAUGGAUUUUCAACGGCCUUUGGGUCUCGAGUGAUCUGAGCUUCCCUCCCCAAAAUUUCCACCAAUGUCGCCGGCGGAAGCCCUUGCCGUAUUAACGAUACGUGUACAUUUUCAACGUACAAAAGCGGCGGCUUCGGUUCUUAGGGAUCUUUCGGAGGCCUGGCCAUCUGGUGUUCUUAUUAUUAUCAUUUAUUUUAAAUUUUGUUUGUUAAAUAAUUGACGAGAUAUCUCUACGCGUAUACUCACCAUUAAUUAUGCUUCGUUAUCACUUUUCGAUCGACGUUUCGUAACUAAAAUAAAGAAUUUUUACAUUUGUUAGCUAAUCGACUAACCCAUCUCCAUAUGCUUCGCCUUUUAAAAGCUGCCUUUAUCCCUAGUUAUCAGACUUUUUUUUUGAUUCUUGUCGAUAUGCAUUCAUAAUGUUUGUACGUAUUCUGUGGCGUUUUACUUUUAAAAUCGACAGUUUUUCUUUCUUCAACACCACUUGUAUGGAUACACACAUGGCGUGUGUGUGUGUGAUUGGGAUUGGGAUAGCCGAUAUGCAUAACCGGUCGGCUUGUUUACAAAGAUUCGGAUUUAGAUUUUUUUUUUUCAGAUUUUCAGCAGUUGCAAAUUACGAUAACUGUUAUUGUGUAUACGUAUGGCUGUUUUUUUAUCGAUCCGUAUACAUUUUGCACGCACGGCGUGCGCGUGUGUGUGUCCGAAUAAUAUUAUCAAUGCUCGUGCUCGGACAACGAAGAAAUUUAAAAGAAAAAUAGUAAGGAACAGGAGGGGGGGGGGCACAAAAAAUAUCUUUAUGGCCGUUUCGCACGCUAUAAAGGGUCGCAAUGGCGAGCGAAAAGAAUCAGUGUAGGUGUAUAAUAAUAUAUAUAUUUGGGUCGGUGUUGGUAUAGAGGCGGCGGCUGCGGUGGCAACGGUAGCAAACGAACUGUAGUUUGACGCCUUCACCGAACACGUUAGGAAAAAAAUAAAAAAUUCUAUGCGCACGAAAUUUCCCAUUAGAAAAUAUGUUUUUCAGGCGAUUUACGUGUGUUAGUUUUACAUGUAUGCCACAACGCGAAUAAUAAUUGUUAACUCGAGUGUAAACGGACUGCAAUGGUGCACGAUAUUUUAUAAAAUAAUAAUUUUAAUAUCAGAAAGGAGUUUUAUAAGUGCAGAGACGUUUGGGCGUGUAUACACCAAAUAUUUUUUUCGGGGUGAUCUAAGCUCCCAAUUAUAUUGGUUAUACAAUUUAUUUUAUUGGUCUUAGUUGGGGCGGGUUAUCCUCUAUUUGUUAAUUUGCGCCGAAGCGUAUAGUUUAGGCAUAGUUUAUGGACAAGAUUCGUAAAUUUUCAAGUGCCUACCUAAUAUAACAUCCCGUUCGUUGGAUUCGCAGAGAUUGUUAGGUGGAAACCCAAUUUUUCUAAAUACGAGUUUUAUAUGUUCGAAAACGACACUGGUAUUCUCUUAAGAGAGGUGGGAAUCGGUUUUCCAAAUGUUGUAAAAUUUAAAAAUUAUUUUUACUUUUUAACGACCUUUAAUUAAUCAUAAGACUUUUCCAGUAGUGUACUGUCCGAUAAGAUUUAAGAGGAAUGGGUAUUUUGAAAACAUACGUGAUUUCUUUGAUUUCUUGUCUAUGUUUUGUAGGAAACAUAUGUUCGUUUUCAUUUAGUUAACUUAGUUAUAGUAAUGAUAAGUUUACAUUUUUCUUAAAAAAAACUUGCAAUUAAAAGAAUUAAAAAAUAAAAUAUAAUUUUUCCUAAACAACAUAGAAAAGAAAUAUACGAAGAUAAAUUAUUUUUCAAAGUAAUAAUUGAAUUGCUCUAAGUAUGUUUAUUUCUCCAGCUUAUUGGUCUUAAUGUACGGGGAAAACGAAUCACUUACAACCGUCUUAAACAGUGGUUGGAAGUAGCGUGCUAUAUUUUUUUGUAACUAUUUAAGGGUUUUACUUUAGCGAUGAAAGAUAAGUUCUUUGUACACAGCUCAUACAUCAAGUAUGUAAAGUAUGUCUAUUCAAAUAGUCACCAUGUUAUUUUUUAUGCAUAUGUUUAGAAUAGGUAAACGAGUAUACUUAUAACUUUGUCUGAAUAAUAAAAUUAUAACGAGACAUUAAAAUUUAAGACCUGCUCGUAGGGUAGGUAAAUCAUAAAAAAAAACAUACACAUUAUAUUAGGUAAUGUUAAAUCGUCCAAAGACUGUUGUAGAAAUUAAAAAUUAAUAUAACUGUAUUAAAUUAACGAGGCAUGCGAUGUGUCAUAAUAAUAUUAUUUAUAAAAUAUCAAGCGGUAUAAUUUGAACACGUAGGUAUAUGUAUAUACACAACUAUUACCUACGCACACGGUAAUAAUAUUAUACCAUAUCAUAAAAAAAAAGUUUCCUCAAAUGCACAUGACGGAAUAUUUAUCGAGAACGUAGCGUGUUAACACGUAAUCGGAAAUUUCUAUGUUUUAAAAUAGUUUUCAAAGUGCGUAUUAAAUAUCGUAUACUUCUUAAGUUACAUAUAAUAGGUACUUAAUGAUAUUUUUAUAAAAUAAGUUGGGGACAUACCUAUUAGUUUAACAAUAAUAUCAUUCUUUUAGUUGUCUUGUGAUGCAGACAGUAAAUUCUCAAAAAGUCUUGAGUUUUCCCAAAAAAAGAUGUACAUUUAAAUCUAAGUUGAGGACAGAAAAAUAAUACUAUGAAUAUUAUAUAUUUUUUUCAGCUAAUAACGCAGCUUCUGAUUGCACUACAGAUUCGGAUUGUCUUGGUACGCCUUAUACUUCUUGUGACAGUGAUCCGGUUGACAAGAAAAAAAAAUGUUUCUGUGCAGACAAAAAGCUACCAGUAAAUAACGAAUGCGGAAAAAAGCCAAGAGGUAUGACUACCUAAUGUAGUACUGUAUUGUGUACAUGAAAAAUUGUUGUUAUUAUCAGGACCUAUUUAAAAUUGUAGGCGCAGUGAGGAAUAUAUUGCUUUUACUACGAUGUGUGUUUUUUUUUGUUUCACCAGAAAUCUUCAAUUAAAAUAUGAUAAGAUAGUUAAAUUUUAGAUUAAGUUCGUUUAUUUAAGGAGGUCAUUUUUGAUUUUUCUUGCAGUUUUCAUAAUACUUAGGAAAACCCAGAAAAGCGGACAAAUUUAUGACACAUUACAAGCUGCAUUCAUUUAUAUAUAUAUUUUUAUGUAUUUUAAUAUUCUACCAGAAUUUUUGCUUUGAAUUUCAAGAGUAGUAUUUUUCUAAAAGAAAAUUUUGUCUAGUUAAUAAUUAAGUCGUUUAUUGAUUUUCCAAGUAAUUUUAUAAAUAAUCAGUAAAAAUAAACGUAGACAAAAUGGGAAAUGCAAUAACAGUUUUUUUUUUUAUAAUUUUGUAAAAAUAAAAUAGUACUUAUAUUAACCCUUUCUAGGCAUGGUAAAAUUUUCAAAAUAUUCUAGUGAUUUUUAAUUUAUUUUAAGGCAUUUAUAAUUGUCAAGUUUUGUUUAGUUUUUAUUUGAUUUUAUGUGGAUAAAAUUGUUCGAAUAGAAAUGCUAGAGAAUUUAACACGAGGUUCAUUACAAGUAAAGUACAUUUAGCUGUAAAAAAAGUUAAGUGUAAAGUAGUAGUUUUUUUCAUAAACGUUUUAAAUUCAAAUUUGAACGAAUAUAGUAAAAGUUGCUGGAUUUUGAAAUAUGGAUUGCCAAACUUCAUUAAGACCUAUAUUUGAUUAACAAUAAUUAAUCGCUGCUAACAGAUAUUAAUUAAAUAAUUCUAUGUAUCAUGCCUUUUCAUCUUUCCAUCUAUAAUAGUUGUACACCCAUCAGCAGUAUCAGCUCAGUAUUUUUACACGAUUUUAACUCAUGAUGUUUCGUUUUUGGAUGUUCAAACCUGCCGAGCAUAAUUUGAUUGACUUCUUGGUGUCGUGGAUGUCGAUAAUUUUCAUAGAGUUAGAGAGACAAUAAGUCCACAAAUAGCCCACUAUCAUUUUUAGACCCAGACAUCUGGGUCGGCGAUGACGGAGGUGUAAAGCAGACUAAAUAUGGAAUAUUCAAUUUACUUGGACAAUUUGCACACUUAUUUCCAUAAUCUGGACAACUUGGUCGCCGAUGACGGGGUAUACAUGGAGAUAGUAGCAGAUUAACAAGAAAUGCCAAGAUGCGAACACAUCAGUAAAUAUUUACUGUAAAGCACAGAAAUUUGAAGUUUAAUUUUGAACGACCUUUUCUCAUAUGACUUUCAAUUUAUAAGUUACUAAGUUAUAAAACCCUGAAUAAAAAAACCAAAAGAUAUACUUCGUAAAUGGGCGCCAGUAUUGCAGGUGAGAAGUUGGAAAGGUAGAGGGGAAAUUGAAUAUAUAUAUGUAAGCAAAGAUUAAUCAUUACUAAUAAAAAACGAUUCUGGUUGGUUAUACAUGUUUUGAAUGACCAUAAUAUUUACGAUUAGAAAAUAACACAUUUCGUAAAUUUUCCCCAUUUUUCCAUUUAUUAUGUAAACCACUGGAAAUAAAUAAACAGUUUAAGUAAAACUCUAAGAAAAUUUUCUUUCAGAGAAGGUACUAUAAUUGAAAAUUGGAACAAAAUUUCUGGUGGAAUACUUAUUCACAGAAGAAAAAAAAUAAACAUCAUUGUAAAACCAAUAACAUUUCUUGCUCUACUCAGAAUCUAAAACAAGAAAAUAAAUAAUUACAUUUUCUUUUUUAUAAAUAUGUUUUUCUUAAAAGAUGUACCAAAAAGUAAAAAAAAUACAUUUUUCUUUCUAAGAUAUUGGUUAAAUAUUACUAAAAAUCAUUUCAGACAACUAUUUCCUAUUAUUUUAUAUAAAUUAAGAAAAUAUAAAAUUCGUUUAAUCCUAAAAUAAAAGAAAAACAUGGGGCAUCUCAUUCAGUACAUCAUAUUUUUUCAUACUGAUGUGAAUCCAAAAAUUUAGAAUAUUGAUUACAUACAUUUUAUUUAUCGUUGAAAUAUAAUGAUUAUCGAUCGAAUAUUUGUUAAAUUUUACUACGGAAAUUAGAAAUCGUUAUCAUAUCCUUAAUUUAGAAUCCAGCAAAUUGAAUGACAUACAUAGUUAACAAUUUAAACCAAAUAAUUAAAAAUUUCGACUGAAUAUACAAAAAUGUUUUGUCAAACUUUGGUAAAAAAUUAUAAGCUACAGAUAUAGCUAUUAAAAUCAAAAUUUAAUCAGAUCUUGAAGAAAUCAGUAAUGACUUUGUUUCAUUAGGUGCCCAAUGCGUUUCUUUUUUUUUAGAGUAUCAACCGAAUUUUAUAUUUCUUUAAUUUAUAUCAAAUUAUUGGAAAUAGUUCAUAGCUCAUGAUCCAAUCGUUGAUUUUUAGUAAUAUGAAUAAUUAAUUGUAAUCUCUGAAAGAGAAAUUUAUUUUUUACUUUUUAGUGCUUCUUUUUAAGAAAAAGUAUAUUUUAAAAAUAAUUUUUAUAUUUUUAUUCAUUCUAUAAAUUAUUUAAAUCAACGUACAUUAUUGAUUUAAAGGUUAAAAUUUAUUAAAAUUUUUUUCUAAAAUAUGUAAUUAAAAUCAAAUUUAUGCUUUUUUUGUCUUUUUAUAACUUAUUUAUUUAAUAACUGCACAUUAUAUGAAAUAAUUUGUAUGUACUAACUUCUUGUCAGGGCCGCUUUUUUUUCCAGCACUAAAAACGUCAUGUGAAACGGACGUGGAAUGUCUCCCGAAUGCUGAAUGCAAGAUGAACGCCACGAGUACCAAUCUAAGAUUAAAGAUUUGUGUGUGCAAAGAUGGGUUCGUCGAGGAAAAGGAGGCUUGCAAUUGUAAUUUUCAUUAAUUAAAUCUAUAUCUUAGAUGUUCUUGGAUUUGUUUUAUAAUACUCGUUGGGCUUAGUUAAAUUUCUCAAAUGGAAAAUAAUAUUUAUGGUGUCAAUGGGCGCCAUGAAUUUAGCUAAAUUUUAUAUUAAAAAUGAAAAAUAUUUGUAAAACAUUAAAUAAUCAUUUUGCACAACUUAAACUUUAAUACAAAUUGCGUGCGUUCAAAUUAAAAUGAUAAAAAUAAUGUAUAAUUCCUUUUAAAUUAUAUUAUAAUAUAUAGGUACAAAUAAAUCCAAAAAUGUUAUUUGAAAUAUUUAUACACUUUUAGUUGUAUAAUAUUAUUUAGCGUCAGACACUAAACAGUAAACUUAUUUAAUUUGAUGCGUGUUGCUAUAGAUUGUUUAACCUUUGCAUGUGUACAUCUAUAGUGUACACUUUAAUUUAUUUUAAUGGAUUAUCAUUUGUAGUGAAGGCGUAUCAACACAGAAACGCCAAUAUAAGUCAGUUUAAAUUAUUUUAAUUGACCAUUUGUUCUCUAUUGCAGAUAUUAAACUUGCGUGACUGUUGGGUUUUGUUUAGAAUGAUUGACUGACAAGUUAUUAUCUUGGCGUAUAUAAUAAAGUUUGUUGGACGUUUGAACUUUGAUGUUCGUGUAACGCCUUAUAAGAAAUAAUAUCGAUAGACUAGAUAUCAUUAUUAAAGUUUUUUUUUUUAAGACUUCAAAAAAAAAAAAAAAAACAAAACUGUACCCUGAAUCAAAUUAUUUAUUUGUCCAAAUGUCAAAAUUAAAUUCAUUUAAUAUGAAACGUUAAAAGAAAAAGUCAUUCCGUUAUCGAUUGACAUAUGUAUUUUAUACUUAAUAUGCAUUUUUGUUUAUAUUGCAUUUAUAAAAAGAUAACAUGGUACCUGUAAUAUUCGUACAAAUUUAAAUUUGUUAACGUUCAUCUACCUAGUCUUAAUUAUUGUUAGUCAAAUCAAUCGUUAGUCUUAUAUAUCAGAUUUGUAUACGAGUUUUUUGUAUACGUCAGAUAGUUUUUUAAAUAAAUCGAACAAAAGUUGCUUGUUAAUAAUUAAUUCAAUACACGUAAUUUAAUCAGGCAAAUUAAUAAAUUGUUAAAUAUUACAAGUCGAAAUACUAUGGUGUAAUAACAAUAUUAUGCCGAUUAACAUUCGAAAAUAUUUGCGGACUUAGUGUUUUCCUAUCGGAGUCCAUUAUAUCACAAAUAUCCUAUGUUACCCAAGCAUUAUCUGGUUGUUAUUUCCUGUAAUUGUCAAUAAUUGUAACCAAGAUUAUCAAACGAAGUCGUAGAUAAACUGUGUUGAAGCCAAUGCAGUUUAAUUAUUUUAAUUAUUUAUUUUGCAUUCUAAUAGUUAUUUUCGUUAUCGUAUAUUAAAGAGAUUAAUGAGAUUCGUAUAAUGUACAAAAAUAAUAUUAAUAUUUUUCGCAUAUACUAAUCUUUUUUUUUAUAGAUUUUUAGCUUAGCGAGGGAUCUAUUAGUUUUAUUAUGAUGUUUGUUUUUGUAUUUUUUGUUCUGAACAAAUUUUCUACCCGAAGUCUUGCUCUGGUGUAUAAAAUGUAACAUACCUAAUCUAACCUAAAAGCUAAAAGAUAAAAUUGUUUAGUUGGUGCAUUGAAGAGGUAAUUUUCUGAUUUUCCAAGGGGUUUUCGAAAUGGUUAGGAAAAACUUGAAAAAAAAUAAUAGAUAAAAAGGCAAAUAUUUACGGCAUGCCUUAAAAUAUUAUAAAAUAUUGUUCCAAUAGAAAAACAACAAGUGACUUCUUUUAUUGAAUUUUUAAUCUAGUUGGUGAUCAAGAAAGUCGUUUUUAUAUAAAUAUUUGAGCAAAACUAUAAAAAAAACAUAGAAAGUACUGCAAAAUGUACGAAAAUACUUCUUUUAUUAUUUUAAAUUUUUGUUUUUUAGUAUAAUUUAGUUUGAAAUAUUCAUAGACUUGAAAUUUGACAGAAAACUUAUAUUGCUUUUUUUAUACGUGAUAAAAAUUUGAAAAUAUUUGAGCUAUAGAUAUUUAGUGGCUAAAUUUAAUAUCAUUGAUAUAACAAAUAACAAAUAACAUUAUAUGUCCCACCUUCUCAACUAUUCACCUAUAUCAGAAGCUGCAUUUAUCCAUAGUAUCAGCUCUUUGUUUGCAUUUAAAAUUACAUUCAAAUCGUACAAGUACAAAUCGUAUUAGUUGUUAUUAAUAUCAAAGUGACAACUUUGAUAUUUAUAAAUGAACACACAAAUAGUAAUGGAGGUUUAUUACUUUAAGCAGGCGCUAAAGAUAGAUAAUUUCGGUACAUUCGUGUGUAUAAAAGAUGAAAACAUGUUCAAAUACUGUUUUUUAUUGCAUUUUAUUGAAAUGUGGAACACCCGUACAAAUACUAGUAACUCAUGUUAAUAAUAAAUUAUUAUUAGAGUUGAUAAUUUUGAGACCUUUUGUUAUUUAUUAUACCAACAGAUAUUGGAGUGCGAUUAAAUUGCGAUAUAAGAUUACCUCCUAAAGUACAAUUAAUAAAAUGUAUGUUUUCAGAUGCCGAUUUGUUGACCUUUAACUAUGCGGCGUUGGUGAUCGCAAUCUUCGCCUCGUGGAUUUGGAAUGAUCGUCUAGCUUGAACGUUGUGUACUUUUUCGAAAAAAAAAAGUUUAUCUAAGACUUUUUCUAUUUUUACGCACUAAAUACCUACCGAAAAUGAUAAAUAAUUAACUACCUAUACUUAUAUAAUAUACAUAAUAAUCUUUUUUUAUUUAUUUUACACAUAUUUUUUGCACAAUAUUAAAUACGACAUUUCUACAGGUAAACAUCAAAUAUCUAAUUUUAGUUUUAUCCAUAAGUUUAUAAAUUUAAUAUUAUAAUUCUAUACAAACAAUUAUGUCAUAUUUUUAAUACACUUUGUUUAAGAUUAAUAAAUGCAUAAGUGAAACAACCGUCAAUAUAAUACGUAUAUAUAAAAUAUGUUUUACGUUUUUAUCUAAAAUAUUAUAUUAUCAUUAUUAUUAUUAUUAUGCCAAUACAUUUAUAUAAUUAAAACAAAAUUUAUCGAAUUUAAACUCGAAUUAAUCAUAAAAUUUAUAUUAUUAUUUAUCUAGAUAUGUAAAAUAUGAAGUGCUUAAAACUUUACCGGUAAAUAAUAUACUGGUAUUUUGUAAAAUAUUUAUAGACAUUUUUAUACCUGGUAAAUUUUAUCCAAAUUGUUUCUUGUCGUUUGUAGCGGUCAAAUUUAUUAAUUUAAUAUAUAUUGGUACUUAGAUAGUAUAUAUUUAUAAAAAAUAAAAAACGUGUAUAAUUAAAAAUAGGGCGCAUCUUUGUAUUUUAAUUAAAUUCAAACACAUCCGUUAUAACUUUAAAUUUUUAAUCGCAAAUUCGGAAAGCGGUAUUUAAUUUUAAAUAAUAUACUUUAUUCGAUAAAAUAAGAAACUGACUAAUUUUAAAUAAUACAAAACUCAUGUAGAUUUUAAGUUAAUGUUUGUUUAGUGUUAACAUGUUAAAUCCUUAAUAAUUUUGCAACACAUACAUUUUUUUUUUUAAUCAAUUAGUUUUUAAAUUUUAGAAGAAAGAAAUGAAGUCAAUAUAUAUAUAUAUAUAACUAUAAUAUAAUAUUAUACUAUAAUGUAUUAUCAUGCAAGUUUAUACAUUUUUACUUA